UCGCAAUUCAGUUCGAUUUGAUCAUGUUGAGCGAAGAGCAGUUGAGUUUCUACUCGAAAAAUGGGUAUUUGUUGCUGGAUUCAGUGUUUACCCCGGAGGAGAUUGAAGAGUGCAGCUUGGAGUACAAUAAAUUAUUCCAAGCCAAACAAAAUAACAGGGAAUUAGAGGCGACAUGGAAAGGUGACUGGACGCCAGCAUCAAAGGACUCUCUAAAAGUACUAUCAAUUCAUAAUUUGCAAUGUCACAGUGCAGUUUUUACACGCAUGCUACUGAAUCAACGUUUGGUAGAUGCUGUGUCUGAGCUGAUUGGCAGUCCUAACGUUCUGCUACAUCAUACUAAGGCUCAUGUCAAGCCUCCAGGUGUAGGAGCACCAUAUCCUACGCAUCAGGAUUACCAUUACUUCCCAUUCAAAAACGAUUCCAUGGUGGCGGCGUUUAUUCACUUCGACGACAGUGACGUCGAAAAUGGUGGAUUGGCUGUGUUUCCCGGAUCGCAUAAACUCGGUCCUCAGGAGAAUACUUCUGAUGUUCCUACCCAUUUCUACGUAUCGCAGACGAAAUUUCCGUUGGAAGCAGCAACGCCCAUAAUAGCCAAGAAAGGACAGGUGGUCAUAUUUUCGUACCUGUUGGUCCAUGGAAGUUACCAAAACACUUCCAACCGUUUCAGACGAAUGCUUCUCUUACAGAUGAUGUCAGCAGAAGAUGAGCCGUUGGAAAAUGUGCAUGUGUCCCCUUGUCAAGGAAUGGUUCUGCGUGGUAUUAAGGUCAAACGUAAUGCAGACAAUUUUUCAUAAUUAUAAAAUUAGGGAAAUGAAUUCUCUUAAAACUCAUAUAAAACAACAACAAAAAAUCGGUUUGAAAUAAAGUUCCAAUUGGCGAGUCUAA